CCUCUGCGUCAUGUAGCCGCCAUUUUUGAGCUAAAAAUAAAAAACAAAACAAAUAAUAUUUGGGUUUUUUGGAAAGAAAUAACUCAAGUGUAACAAUCAUCUUACAUAUACCAGAAAUCCGUUUUUAAUAUACCUUUGUGACUCCUUCAAUUCAAGAUGUCGCUGGUGUGUCUCGGGCAGCAGCUGCUGGAGGCGGUGAAAGGAGGACAGGAUGAUGAUGUGAAAGCUCUGAUGGCCAAUGGAGCUCCAUUCACCACAGACUGGCUGGGAGCGUCCCCUCUGCAUCUGGCGGCUAAGUACGGUCAUCACUCCACCGCCGAGGUGCUGCUGCGGGCCGGGGUCAGCAGGGACGCCCGGACCAAGGUGGACAAGACCCCCCUGCACAUAGCUGCCUCCGAGGGUCACUUCAACAUAGUGGACCUGUUGGUGCAGCACGGUGCAGAAGUGGACGCCAGAGACAUGCUGAAGAUGACUGCGCUGCACUGGGCGGCUCAGCACGGCCACAGGGAGGUGGCCGAGCUCCUGCUGAGGUACGGCGCCGACGUCCACUGCCUCAGCAAGUUCGACAAGACGCCCUUCGACAUCGCCAUGGAUACCAGCAACACUGAGCUGAUGAUACUGCUACAGGACGGCAUGCAGAACCAGGUGAGCGUGGACCAGGAGCCUCACUACAUCAUCCGUUCCGGCGGGCUGGUGAGCCUCUCGGAGCUCGUCUCCUCCACCAAGACCUCCGCAGGCAAGUCUGAGGACGUCAUGGCGGCCGAGUCGGUGGAAACAACCCUUCAGCAUGUGGUGGGCGACGGCGGGCAGAGGGUCAUCACCAUAGUGACAGACCAACACGGCAACCUGCAGCCCGCGUCCCUGGGCCAGCAGUUCAUCUUCACGCUGCAGGGCCAGCAGAUGGUGGCAUUGCCCGCCAGCUCUAUGGCAGAGGAGGUGGUGGUGGAGGAGCCUCAGGUGGCCACGCCCACACACAAGAGGAAGACAGACCCCACAGCCAAUCACAGCAUCUUAAAAUCCAAGAAAGUGAAGGAGACUCGUGAGCAGCUGGAGCGGCAGCUGCAGGAAGCCAAUCUGAAAGCUCAGGGGUACCAGCAGCAGCUCCUGCAGAAGGAGCAGGAGGCCGAGCAGUACCGCCUCAGACUGGAGCAGGCCAUCGCCACCAGCAACAGCAUCAACAACAGCAUUACCAAAACGACUGUUACCCCAACCUCUACAGUGAAGCAGGAGGAGGAGGAAGAGGAGGAGGAGGAAGAGGUGAUGCUGGAGGAGCAGCUGGAGACCACAGUGGAAGCUAAAGAGGAGAGGAAGCAGGAGGAAGAGGUCGUCUGUGAAGCAGCCGGAGAGGCACUUCCUGUGACUGAGUCUGAGCUGGACGUGGAGAUCGAAACACACGAAUCCUCCCCCGGGCAGCGAGGCCGAGGGAGAGGCAGAGGGAGAGGGAGAGGGAGAGGAGGACGCAGACACUAGCAACGUGAUUUGUGAUGAUGUACUUCGACGAUUUUUAUAACCUUUUGUAAAGAUCAGGAAGACUUUUGUAGAUAUGUUCAUGCAGCACCAACAUCAGGAGGACUUUGGAUCACUUUAUGAGACUUUACAGCGCAGACUGAGCCUGGAGAGGGACCGGUUAGCCCCGCAGACUGAGCCUGGAGAGGGACCGGUUAGCCUCGCAGACUGAGCCUGGAGAGGGACCGGUUAGCCUCGCAGACUGAGCCUGGAGAGGGACCGGUUAGCCUCGCAGACUGAGCCUGGAGAGGGACUGGUUAGCCUCGCAGACUGAGCCUGGAGAGGGACCGGUUAGCCUCGCAGACUGAGCCUGGAGAGGGACUGGUUAGCCUCGCAGACUGAGCCUGGAGAGGGACCGGUUAGCCUCGCAGACUGAGCCUGGAGAGGGACUGGUUAGCCUCGCAGACUGAGCCUGGAGAGGGAACGGUUAGCCUCGCAGACUGAGCCUGGAGAGGGAACGGUUAGCUUCGCAGACUGAGCCUGGAGAGGGAACGGUUAGCCUCGCAGACUGAGCCUGGAGAGGGACCGGUUAGCCUCGCAGACUGAGCCUGGAGAGGGAACGGUUAGCCUCGCAGACUGAGCCUGGAGAGGGAACGGUUAGCUUCGCAGACUGAGCCUGGAGAGGGAACGGUUAGCCUCGCAGACUGAGCCUGGAGAGGGAACAGUUAGCCUAAUGUCAAUAUAAAAAAUGUUGUCGUGUGUUUUAUAGAUUGUGAUAGGUUAAGGGGCGGGACAUCUCUAAGAGGUUGACCCAUCACAACAGAUCCAACCAGCUCUGGUUUCACACAGAGGGUGAAAAGAGGUGCUGCAGCACAGGCAGUAUGAGAGGAAUAAAGAGCUUUCUGAACAUUAAAGCAUGGAGACAUGUCCCAGGGGAGGCAGAAAAUACAAAUAUGAACUGAAAAUGAGAAUAAUCUGUCCUCUUUCAGAGAGCAGUGCUGAAAUAUUGUUGUUGUUUUUUUAUUUGCUUUGAUAAAAUACAACAAUUUGAUGAUAUAUUGUUCUAAUAACUGUUUGGCAGGAGGCAGGUGUUCAUUCCCUUCUGUGGUACUAGAUAAAGAACCUAUUUGAAGUCUUUAAAUGUAUUAUUCUUUGUUGUAUUUUAUUCACUUCUAGGUCGAAUUAUUUUUUGUGUUUAUUUUUCAUGACAAAUGUGUGACGGGGCCCUCAUGCUGUGAUGGGUCCGUAGAGGAUUGUGUCUCUGAGGAGGAGCACAGUGCGGUCAGAGAUAAUCAUGAAGCAAUUACAGUAAGAGCUCUUCAUGCCUCUUAUCCAGGGUGACCUGCAGGGAGCCGAUAGGAGCCGCUGCUGGGAUCAAGGACUCUUAGACCGUAUCUUUUCUGGCAAUCAAAUGUGUGACCUUUAUGUUUUUAAAGCAGCUUUCUCUACCCCCUCUAGUUCUCCCACUGUGUCACAUGGAUCUAAAUGAGUCGCAACAAGAUGAAUCUGACUGUUUUUAAAGGUGAAAAACUACAAAACUAAAUGAUGGUACUUCUUCGUCGUUUGGCAGAUCUCAUUAUGGGGGUUAUUUGUGAAAUCAUCAGUGCCAUUCUUGACGAAUGUUAAGCUUUUUUUGUUGUUUUUUUAAACUUUAAAGCAUUUGGUGAAGUGUCCAACGUGAGCAGAUAUCAAUAACAUGAAUUAGAUUGCUUUUUUACCCCAUUAAUUAUACUGCCCAUUUUUCUCAUUACUGGAACUGUCUGGUCGUUCACACUUAAGGGCUUUAUUCAGAACUACAGCUUAUUCUUUUUGGCACAAGUUUGUAAAAUGUCAUUAUGUUAAACCAAAUAAUUAUGGGGCAACAAAAAGCAUAGAGGAAAUGGGAAACGUGUGACAGUGAAUAUGAGUUCACUCGUGUACUAAUGAGGUUUUAUUCACUUGUUUUGUGGUGGUUCUGGUUCGAUGAUUAAAGAAACACACAUUUGUUUUAUUUAAUCACGCUGAAUCUAGAAUAUUGUGAAAUGUUGUCUUUUAUAUUUCAAUAAAAAUGCUCUCUUUUAUUCCCAUAA